AUGCCGUCUGAUUGGACAGUCGACCCAGACGUCAGGAGAAAGCUACUGGCCUUACAGAAGCAGGGAGGCAAUAAAAAGUGUUUUGAUUGUUCUGCGCCGAAUCCGCAGUGGGCUUCACCCAAGUUUGGUAUUUUCAUCUGUCUGGAAUGUGCUGGAAUCCACCGUGGACUAGGUGUCCAUAUUUCAUUUGUGCGCUCCAUCACUAUGGACCAAUUUAAGCCUGAAGAGAACGCGCGCAUGGAGAAAGGUGGUAAUGACAAGUGUGGUGAAUAUUUCUCGAGUAAUGGGCUAGACCUCAAGCUGCCUGCGCAGCAAAAGUACAACAAUUUUGUGGCUGAGGACUACAAGGAGUUGUUGACGUGUCUGAUUGAGGAUCGUGAGUAUACGCCUAAAGAUCAUGUGGGUGAAACGCUGCCUACUCUGUCAUCAAUUGCCUUGGAGAAGGAGCCCGUUUCGAGACGUAAUGGAGGAACGCCCUUGGGAGGUGACCAGAAAGUCAAGAACGAGCAGUACUUCGCCACAUUGGGUGCAGCAAACUCCCAGAGACCCACAGAUCUGCCUCCUAGUCAGGGUGGUAAGUACCAGGGCUUUGGAUCUGGUCCCGUGCCGGGAACUGACUCUGGUGCCAGUUCUGGGAGCGGAAGCGGCUCUUUGGCCGGGUUCACGGUCGAUGCCUUCCAAAAAGAUCCCCUGGGUACUUUCGCAAAGGGUUGGGGACUUUUUUCGAGCACCGUUGCCAAAUCUGUCCAGGAGGUGAACGAGUCUGUGAUCAAGCCAGGAGUCCAGCAGCUCUCGGAGCAGGAUCUUGCUAAUCAAGCAAAACGCGCGAUGGCACAGUUUGGCACCAAAGUUCAGACCAACGGUGGCGUGUACGGCAAACUUUUCGAAGGGCUUGGAGAAGAGGACGACGACGCCAGCAUAGAGCCGGCUUUCGGACUGGCUCGGCCCAAGGAGAAGACCAAGUUGCAAGGUCUAGGGUCGAAGAAGGACGACUGGGGCGAGGACAAGUGGGAUAAUUUUUGA